UAGUUUCGAUUUGACUUCAUACCUUGUAAUUGUGCUCCUAACUUUGAAUAAGGAACCCCAUAACUUUGACCAGCUUGAACACGCACACACGGACCCUCCCCCCUUGCAGCAGGAAGCUAAAGCCUCGCCGCGGACACACACCGGUAGCUGUGUGUCCAUGGAGCCCGAUCGGACCCGGUGUGGUGGCGGUGCAGCUCUCCCGGUCAUGGGUGCGAGGAGCGGAGCCGGAGCCGGAAGGACGACGCCCCGCCGGCGGGGGACAGGUCUCCCCGGGGCCGCCUCGCUCCUCUGGCUGCUGCCGGCGCUGCUCACCUCCUGGCUCAGGUGCGCGGAGUGUGCCAAACCGAGCAACAUCGUCCUCAUCCUCGCCGACGACCAGGACGUUCAGCUGGGGGGGAUGACCCCGAUGAAGAAAACAAGAACCUUAAUAGGAGAAGCAGGAGCAACCUUUGUGAAUGCCUACACAGUCACGCCGCUGUGCUGCCCCAGCAGGAGCAGCAUUUUGACAGGUCAGUACCCCCACAACCACGAGGUGAGGAACAACUCUCUGACUGGGAACUGCUCCAGUCCGCAGUGGCAGAAAGGUCCCGAGUCCGAGGCCUUCCCCGUCUACCUGAGCAAACAGAAAUACCAGACAUUCUUCGCUGGCAAAUAUCUUAACCAGUAUGGUAAGAAAGACGCAGGAGACGUCAGCCAUGUUCCUCCUGGAUGGAACCAUUGGCAUGCAUUGGUGGGGAACUCACAGUACUACAACUACACACUGUCCGUCGACGGCAAAGAAGAAAAGCACGGCGACAGUUACGAGAAGGACUACCUGACGGACCUCAUGUUGAACCGGUCCCUUAAAUUUCUGGAUGGCAGGAGCCCCUAUCAUCCCUUCUUCCUGAUGUUGUCUCCUCCGGCUCCUCACUCCCCCUGGACAGCAGCGCCUCAGUACCAGAAGGAGUUUGGUGACGUCAAAGCUCCUCGAGACGGGAGUUUUGACAAACCAGGGAAGGACAAACACUGGCUGCUGCGUCAACCUAUCAACCCCAUGCCAGAUAGCUCACUGACCUAUCUGGAUAAUGCAUACAGGAAAAGGUGGCAGACCCUGUUGUCUGUGGACGACAUGGUGGAGACGCUGGUCAAUAAACUCGAUAGCAUAAAGGAACUGGACAACACCUACAUCUUCUACACCUCAGACAACGGCUACCACACAGGUCAGUUCUCUCUGCCCAUCGAUAAGAGGCAGCUGUAUGAAUUUGACAUCAGGAUCCCGCUCUUGGUCCGUGGUCCUGGCAUCAAACCGAACCAGACGCUGAAGGCUCCAGUACUGAAUAUUGACCUGGCUCCAACCAUAAUGGACAUAACUGGCCUCAACCUGUCCUCUGUGAAUGUUGAUGGGCAGUCCUUCCUCAGUCAGAUGGCUCCCUCACUGCGUAAUGGAAGUGCACGGCCUUUUUUCCUUGUUGAAUACACCGGAGAGGGACAUCCCACACCAGACCCAGCGUGUCCCAAACUAGGCCCUGGAGUAUCUCAAUGUUUCCCAGACUGUGUGUGUGAAGAUGCCUUCAACAACACCUACGCCUGCGUCCGGACCCUCGACGGCGAAAACAACCUGCAGUACUGCGAGUUUGCCGACAGCGAGUCGUUUGUAGAGGUGUACAACCUGACGUCAGACCCCCACCAGCUGGAGAACAUUGUGAAGAAGGUGGAUCCAACCGUCCUGCAGGCGAUGAACCAGCGGCUCAUCAAGCUGCAGUCCUGUGAGGGCGACAGCUGCCGUCACAUCAAGUAACGGAGAGGCAGCAGAGCGUUCACGUACUCCGAGAAGCUGCCCAUUGCUAUCGUACUCGUACACCUCUUUCCCACCAAAUCACCUUGGUUCUUAAACCGGUUUACAUUCAGGGUUCUUUAAACUGGAUGCUACCCAGUGAACCAGCCUGCGUUUCCACAUGUUUUGAGUGGAACCAUUGUGAUUAAGGUUCCGUCAUUAGCAGAGGGCGUUGCACAGUGCACAACGAAUAUAGACAGUAGCAGGAAGAUGGUGGAUCACGUUGAUUAUUUGCAAGUGCUUGUCCUGUCUUUACAGAUACUGUGUUUGUCGGCAGACCACUGCAACUUUUUUUUUAAUUUGCCUCCUUCACUCUCCAUUUCCGGCCAAUGUAUGACACACUCACUGAUGUCAUCACGGUUCACUCUUUGAAACCUAAAAUUGUUGGAUUAAUAAGUUUUAUGCAGAAAUGCACCAGUUCAAAAUCAGGUGCACGAAUGGAAACAGAAGCUUUUCCAUGUUGGUGGAAGAGGGUACUGGUGGAAGGUGGUAGUAUAAAAACUGCACAGGCCUUGUUCAUGCUGCCUCACUGUUGCACAGCCAUGGCUUCAGGGAACACUUCAAGAAAGAGUUGUGCACUUAUUUGCCUUUUUGCUGAGAGUUAGAUGAGAAGAUGGAUAACCACAACUGGUGAGCUUAUCUUUACAUAAAGUCUGGCAAUUGAGGGAAACAGCUCCGUCCAAAGUCUCCUCUUCUACAGUUCACUGAUAAACACCCAACAUCUUGUUUGUUUCAUUUCUGUCAAAAUGACACAGCUGUUUUAUUAGGGUUUGUGUGAUGAGACAUCGCCAGCAAUAAAUUAGAUUUGUUGUUUUGACACUUUGUAUUUUUUCUUUUCCAACCCUCAACCAGAAAGGGAGCGAGUGUAUUUCCUCAGUCAUUUUUUCCUAUAAUCUUAUUUCCAAUGACGAGUUGAAAUGCCUGCUGAGCUGUGAUUGUAUCAAUGCCUUCACGCUUGGUACAUUUUUCUUCCUGGACAGCGUUAACUCCUCGUCCCAUUCAUUCUAUUGAAAUGACUCUACUACCAAUCAGUCCAUGCUGGCUCAUGUGUUUCUGUUUACUGCACUAUUAAUGCACUGUCUCUUUAAAGUGUUUGGAGUUCACACUCCCAUGUGAACAUUUUACCAAUCGCAGAUACACAAAAUGUUGCCAGUAUUUGUUGUUGUGGAGAUUUAUUGAUUUAAACAGCCGGUACAGUGUAGCUCUCUCAACCAAUCAUCUCUUUAAAGGAAUUGUCCAAAAUGUUUGGAUACAUGCUUAUUUUUAAUCUUGUGGAGUGUGGGAAUAGAAAAAGGAAUACCACUCGUCCUCCUAUUUCAUAUAAAGCCACCUCCAUCAGCUGCUUGGCUCAGCUUAUCAGAAAAGGUUGUGGAAACAGAGGGAACCAGCCGCCUUGGAACAGUCCAAAGUUAACGAAGUCCACCUACCAGCACCAGUAAUACUCACUCAUUUACAUGUUAUGACUUAAUACUUCAAUUUGAUAAACUGAAGUUUGAAAUUGACAAUUUGCAGUUUUAGAGGUUCACAGUAGGUAUGGGAACUUGAGUUGGGACAAAACCCAACAUAAGACAGCAACUUGUCAUAAAACAUUUUUAUAGCGACAUAUUAUGAAUACAUUUGUGAGCUUUACAGCUGCUGGUGAUUGGACAGAGCCAGGCUAGCCAUUUCCCUCUGUUUCCAGUCUUUAUGCAAAACGUUAGACUUCUCCCUUAUGGUAAACACACCACUGUUUCUUUGCUUUUCACAACUCUUUGAAAUCAUGCUCAUUAUUUUAUCCAUGCAGCCCUUUCAUGAAUAGACACCAAUCCAAUUUUGUGCCUCAGAUUUAAAAAUGCAGUUUUUUAUUUUUAACCCUGAUAUUUGUGACAAUAUUUUACAGUGAAUAUUAGUGAUUUUUAUUAAGAGUCUACUGUGGAAAAAGUGCUGUUUGUUUUUGUGAGGAGUCCAUCAAGGGAAAUUUCACAUGGACUUAUGCCUUUUUAUUUGCACUGACCAGGAACAUGUGCCUUAAAUGUGAAUGUACUUGCACUGUGAUGAAACAUUAGAAAAUAAAAUAAACUUUAAAUGCA